AUGAAAGCCGUACAGACUCGCUUUCAAGACCCCGCACUAUUCUCAUUUCACAAGCAUUACCACUCAGCCAAAAUGUCUGACAAGGAAGGCGGCGCGCCACCCACCGAACAUCUGAACAUUAAGGUCACGGAUAACAACAAUGAGGUCUUUUUUAAGAUCAAGCGGACCACCCAGCUCAAGAAGCUGAUGGAUGCAUUCUGUGAACGUCAGGGAAAGCAGAUUUCGACUGUCCGCUUCCUGUUUGACGGCACCCGAGUCCGUCCUGAGGACUCCCCCGAAACCCUUGACAUGGCCGACGGCGAUACCCUGGAGGUCCACCAAGAGCAGAUCGGAGGUUGCUAA